CUUUUGGUAUAAAAAAAAAAAUUUUUUUUCACUUUUUUAAUCGAUCUUCACAUUUUUAACAAUUCGGAAUUGAUAAGCAAAAAAAAUGUUUGAUACGCUUCUUUGGCUCAGCAGAACCAAUAAGGUGUAUAUUUUGCAGUACGCACUUUUGGCAUUAGGAUCGGAAUUUAUAGCCAGAGAAACUAAAUAUUAAGGAUAUCCAUAACUAUAUUCUCCUUUGAAUUUUUUUUUACAGUUGAUUAUUAGUCAGCAGAAAUAUUCUAUAAUUAUUAAAUUAACUGGAAAUUGGUUGUUUAGACAACUAAGAUGAAAUAGUACGGUUGAUACUUUUGUCAGUAGUAAAAGAAACUAAAUAAAUGCAGUUCUAUGAGACGGCAACUAAACUCUUAGUUGAGUCAACUAUUAAAAUUAUUUCUACCAACUAUCAUACAGUCACUAAGCUAACAUAGUUACUGUAUCUAUAUUAUGUUAAUCGACUCAAUGAUAAAGGUAAUAUUGUGUUCACUACUAAGUCUUGAUUUAAAAAGAUUGAAGUUUUGUAGUGACCAUAAUGAGGCAAAAAUAGUUUCUUAAGUUUAGUUAAUGUAACUAUUUUUUCGUGCUGAUUCACACUAGUAUAUAGUUCCAGUAACAAUAAAAAUUGGUUAAGGAGACUAUAUUUUUAUAUCUGUCGCUGAAUAGUUCAGGUUACUAAGCACUUUUCUCUCAGUGUAGUAUUACAAAUUGUUUUCGUACCUAUACCUGUAAUAUUUCCAUGGUUUUGGGCUUAUAUUAUUUCUAAAUUUUUUGUGGGAGCAAGCCUAAGUUCUAUGUAUUCAACAGGAUAUACUAUUUUAUCGGAGGUUUCCAAAAGUCACAAAAAAAAUUUAUUUGGUACAAUUAUUGAUACGAUGUUCCCCAUUGGCACUUUAUUUCUUAUAAUAAUAGCUUAUUUUCUAUCCGAUUGGCGACAUUUGCAAUUAGCAAUGUCAUCAUUUACUUUGUUAUUAGUAAUUAUUAUUUGGUUUGUACCAGAGUCGCCAAGAUGGUUGAUAUCACAAAAUCGUCAUGACGAAGCAAAAAAAAUAAUCGAAAAAUAUUAUAAAGCUAUUAAUAAACCGACUCUUAUUACAGAAAGUCCAACUCUAUCAUUACGAUCAGAAAGUUCUGAUGUGAAAACCAAGAAAAAAAAAGAAUUCAAACGAUAUUUUGGGAAAUCGAAAAUUCUUUUCUCAGAUCCAGUUUUGCGAAAAAAACUUUUUAUCAUGUAUUUUGCAUUCUUCGUCACUCUAUCUGUCGGGUACUGUCUGAUUUUCAAUAUAGAUCUUUUUGAAACUAAUCGUUAUAUUUAUUCAUCGAUAGCAGCAUCCAUUGAACUAAUUGCUCUCCUGUCAAUUCCAGUGAUUUUGUUAAAAUUAAGUUGCAAAAAAGCAAGUUGUAUAAUUUAUAUACUUGCGUCUAUUUGUAUGCUGUCUAUCAUAGCUGUUCCAAAAGAAAACAUAAAUGUAAUUAUGGGAAUGACAAUGGUAGCAAAAUUUUGCUUGAUAACAAGUUUUACUGUAAACAUGUUACUUGCUUCUGAAUUAUUUCCGAUAGCGGUUCGAAAUACAGCCAUAGGAACGGGCUUAGUUAUGUCACAACUUGGAUCUAUGACAGCUCCAUACAUUAUUGACUUUCUUAGUCAAGUUGCUUGGUGGGCUCCUACUACACUUUGCGGCAUUUCAUCAUUCAUAGCUGGGCUCCUCUGUUUAAUUAUCCCUACUUAAAUGAUUUAAUUUAUUUUUAUUUAUUCAACGGAAACCCCAAUAAAUUUUUAUUAAUUUUAAAUAAAUCAGUCCAUUGAAAAUGAAUAUCUCAUUUUUUAAAUAAAUUCUUAAAAAAAAAAAAAACCUUAUAUUUUUUUU